AUGUCGACUGGCUCUAAAGAUGAUAUGGUGUUGGAUGCUAUCUGGGAGCGUUCAGCGCCUGCUUCAGACCACAAUCCUACCUUCCAGAGAAUUGUGGACGCCGUGGAAAGUCAGCCUGAAGAAGAGCGAUACCGCAGGCAGCUGCAGGUCGGUGAGUACCUCCUGAAGCUGCGGAGUGAGAAUGCAGAAGCUAUCUCCCUAUGGUACGACUAUGUGCUUCAGAGCGGUGUCUGGAAAGCCGAAAGGGACGACGCCACCUUUUGCAGAGAAUGGGGCGCUGUGCAGAAAGUCCACGACAAGCAUCAACAGAACCUGGCUUACAUUACCUCGAUUUUCCAGAAAGCCGUCUCGAAAUGGGGUGAUAUGGAAGCUAGGUCGUUGUUUGAAUUUGUCCCCACCAAGUCCACUGCUGAGCAGGUCAGUAAGCUGCUUGCUAGGGGCAUGUCUUUCGAAGAGGUGAAGCGUGGCCUAAAUUACGAGCUGGUUCGGAGGCUUGGUGCAGUAGGCCGAGGUCAUAGGAAAGCGAAGCACCUGAUCCAAGGAGAUUUUGUAAAAGCUGCAAGCUCUUCCAGUGCAGGCAGCCUAUCCUCCUCCCAGUUCAAGCGACACGGCUUGACGAUGAACCCAUGCGGCUUACUGGUUGAAAAACAGGGCCCUCCCUCUCCGGAUAUCCGGGCCUGUGAGUGGGAUAGUGAGAACGAGAUCGACAACGGCGAAUCUUCCGAGGGCGUAUCAGGGCCGGCUCCGGAAUUUCUCGAGGCCUCAGGCGAUAUAGAUGGCCAGCGAAAUAGGGACCCUGAUUUCCCAGAGGAAUCCCUAAAUCCUGGCGAGAGCCCACCGACGCCGCCUCCCACCACAGCUAAGAGUGGGCAUAGGCGAAGGGGCCAAAGUGGCAGCGCACACGACCGCUACCGCCAGUCCCAGUCCCUGACGUGCCCCCCUUCGAGACUCCAAAAGACCUGCUCCUGCGCAUUAUCGAAGUCGUUGAUCCAGAAGUUUAGCUCGGCUGCCCCCUCUGAUCGCGCAAGACUCAUCAUUCUAAGGAAAGUUAUGAGAGCUCUAGGGACCCUUUCGGCCGAAAAGCUCUGCUUUGCGCACACAAAGGCUCUCAGUGCUUACCUAGGAAUGUAUACGCGACAGUUUACCCACUCAGAUAUGCUGAGUCGGCUGGCCUACGCUGCAGGGCAGAUCGGAGAUUGGGAUGGAUUUAUAAAGCUGAAGUCUGCGUGGUUCACCCCGAGCAUAUUCCCAGGGGGAGUGGCGCGGAGCUCCUUUCGCUUCGAGGUCGGAGCUCCAGUCCCAAGAGUUGCAAGGUUCUCCGAGCUGGGAUUAGAUCUAGUGGAUGUUUGGUCGCGAAUUUACGGGACAGACGGAACAGAGACUAGGGACUCUAUAGCUCAGACUAAGGCUGAGGAGUUCGCUGCGACCGGGAACGUGAUUCUCCCUAAGCUUUUCGGCUGGCUUGAGGAUGAUAUCUCAGAAAUUAGUGGGGUUUCAGCUCUCUCUCGGGAAUUAGGUCGACCGGUGAGCUCGAUGAUGCAGCUAAUCCACUUGGAGUUCGAUAUGUAUGACUACCAUUAUACACCCGCUAUAUCCCGACCACGAAUGGGGUGGAAUCGCAAUAUGUUUCAGUCUCUCACUCAACAGCUGAUUCGACAAGAUGUUAGCUACUAUGCUGCGUACGUUGCGGUUCGUCCUGACCAUGCCUGGAGGUUGAUGUCAUUUCCUUACUACACGAAGAGUGCCUACCCCGGAGAAGACACAGGUUUCACUCAUAUUGAUUUGAAUAUCGGUGACUACCUCGCAACAGGCCGAGGUGGAAAUGCCGUGCAAGGGUCCGUGUCGUUUACGGAUGAAGAUAGAGAUAACUGCACUAUCAUCCUCCCAAAGAUGCAUUUAUAUCUCCGUGAAUGGUGGUCGAAAAUUUCUAGCCAUCCCGACGCCCAAACUUCUGGCCAUACGAUUACUAUUUACCCUUGGAUGUGGGGGAAGGCAGACGAGGAUAGAUUCGGCACCAAAUUCAUAGGGGCAGUCUGUCAAACCGGGGAUGUAAGGCUAACGCUUCCUGUGAUUCCCCACGGGUCAACUGGGCCAACUACACGCCUUCGGCGCACUAUGAUGCCGUGGUUUGGGGUUAUCCACGAGGACCAUGAGCGAGUUGAGACGGCAGAAGCAGGCACCUGGAGCGACGUAGCAGAUGCACACCGAGAUAUGCGCCUGGCUGCACGGAAACCCUCAGGGGAAUCUAGUCAGAAACGCUCAGUGAGCCCGUAUACCUUCCCGGGCGUGACCCACCUUACCGGCCUUGGAGCCUUGUCAGAUGCAAUGCUUGGAAGAAUCAGGUAUUCGGAAUGGUCAGUGGUUGCAGAGCUAGAUCAGCUUUUCGGAGAAGAUAAGGUAGCAGCGCAUGCCUGGAUCCUGCAGUGGCGCCGUCGCGCAGUGAGGCAAUUUGUCGAAGCCUUUCAAAGAAUUAUUUCCGCUGAAAAGCUCGCUUACGGGGAACGAUCCUUCUUUCACCUCCUGCGCGAAGGUUUGGCAGUUCCCGAGCCUCAUCUGCAUUACCAGAAGGAUCUGGGAGUAAAUGAUGAGAUGGGUGAUGACAUGGAGGACUGA